CCAUCUUCUGACUUCUAUAACCCCACCACCAAUUUGAAGAAAAUUAAAGGACCAUACAUACCAAACUACCAAUAGAUGUUUGUCUAUAAAUAGUGAGGUAAGUAGCCAGAGUGAUACUUAUAACUAAUUAAGAGAGAAGAAAUAUAAUGGAGAAUAAUAAUAAUAAUAAUUCUCAUGAUCAAUAUGGUAGAAAAGUGAUGAAGGAUGUCUCUCUUCAGGAGCUUAGAGAGAGGCUUGUUGAAUUUUCUAGAGUUAGAGGUUGGGAUCAGUAUCACAGUCCUAGAAACCUUCUCCUAGCUUUGGUUGGAGAAGUGGGAGAGCUAUCAGAGAUAUUUCAGUGGAAGGGUGAAGUUGCAAGGGGUUUACCUAACUGGACAUCAGAUGAUAAGGAACAUUUGGAAGAAGAACUUUCUGAUGUUUUACUCUAUUUGGUUCAGCUAGCUGAUGUUUGUGGACUUGAUUUAGGUCAAGCAGCACUUACUAAGAUUGUCAAAAAUGCUCAAAAAUACCCUGUUACUAAACCUACUUAAUUAUCACAAAUUAAGCUAGCUAGUGCUAUCUUCUUGUCAGGGUGUGUCCUUUUUUUGAACUUUUAAGUUAUAUAUGUUUAAGCAGUUAAUUAUGUAAGAAAUAUUUUAUACCAUUAGCCAUUAGGUCCCCCUAAAAUAUAGCUACAUGUAUGUCUGAUAUAGAAAGUAAGACAUGUUAUCUAUGGUAAUGUAUGAGAGUUUUGUGGUAGCCAUCGAGUUCAA